AUGCACAGUUCAAGUUCGGUGACGGGGCGACGGGGCAACUUGAAAUGGUACACCCAGCAGGUAGCAGAAUGUGGCAAGUCUAAAUUCUGGCAACAAGCCCUGCGAUUGAUGAUAGAGAUGGAAGGUGAGAACUUUAUGCCUGAUACCAUCGCCUACAAUGCCCUCAUCAGCGCGUGCGGAAGAUCUGGCCAGUACGAGAAGUCGUUGGACUUGUUCGCGCGGAUGCAGGAACAGAGGCAGGUCCCGAAUGUCGUUACUUAUAAUGGUUUGUUGAGCGCUUGCCAGAACGGCAAAGAUUUGGAGACAGCCCUGGAAUUGUUUGAGGCGAUGAAGGAGCAGGGUUUGAGCCCGAACGUCACUAGUUUCAACGUCUUGAUCAGCACUCUCGAGAAGAGCAACCAACCAGACAAGGCCCUGACCCUCUUCGAGGACAUGCGCGAGAUGCGGUUGAUGCCUAACGUGGUCACCAUCAAUUCGCUGAUCGGCGCCUGCGAUCGAUGCGAUCAACCAGAACGCGCUCUGAUCUUCUUCGACGUGAUGCAGAGCCAAGAGCUCACGCCCGACAAGGUCACCUAUAAUACCCUGAUCCGUGCCCUCGCGAGGUCAUCGCAGAACGAGAGGGCCCUGGCGAUCCUCGAGUCGAUGCAGAGCCAGGGCCUGACGCCGAACACCGCGACGUACCACGCCCUGGUGAGCGGCUACGAGAGGGACGCUAGCCACGCGUCGGCCAGGCUGGACCCUUCGGACUACACGUCGCUGUUCGAGACGAGCUACGGGGUCAUGAUCAAGGACUGCCAGCGGGAGGGCACGCCGCAGAGGGCCUUGGCCCUCUUCGACGAGAUGCGGGAGCGGGGGCUGACGCCCAACACGGCCGCAACGCUCAACUCCUUGGCGCAGGCCAGCGCUUGCGUGGAGGAGGGCAGGCAGCAGCACGACAGAGCCGAGCAGAUCUACCAGCUCAUGCAGGAGAACGGCUUCAGUCCGGACGCGGGCGCCUGCGACGCGCUCGCCGCGGCGUUCGCGGGGGCAGGGCGGCAGGACCGGGUUCAGGAGCUCCUGCAGGCGAAGCGCGCACUGGAGUACACUUUGACCCACUUCGACUAG